CCCAUUUUUAUAAAGGGCUUCUCACAGUCCUCCAUUUACUUUUCUUCUUUCUUUUACUUUUUUUUUGUCUCUGUUCACCCCUUACCUUUGCUGCCCACCUCAGUUCUCUUUCCUUCGACACGUUUAUCUGUCGUUAUCCUUGAAGCCUCUUCCUUCCUUUAGAACUAUAUCCUACUCUUCUUUUCUCACUCAGUAGCAAAAGACAAUGUGCGGUAUCUUUGGUGUUUACAACCUCCCUGGCAACGCUGCUGAGUUCCGUCAGCGUGCUCUAUUUCUUUCGAAGAAGCUCAGACACCGCGGUCCCGACUGGAGUGGAUGCACUAUUGCUGGCAAACAUAUUCUUUGCCACGAGCGUUUAGCUAUUGUUGGUGUUGAUUCUGGUGCCCAACCUUUGACCAACGACGAUGAAUCCUUGAUCUUGUCAGUCAAUGGAGAGAUUUAUAACCACAAGGCUCUUCGUAAGAUGUGCCCCCCUGACACUCAUUUCAAGACCCAGUCCGACUGCGAAGUCAUUCUCCAUCUUUAUAAACAACUCGGAGCUGAUGUCGUAAAGCACCUCGAUGGUAUGUUCUCAUGGGUGCUCUUGGACACAAAGAAGAACAGGAUUUUGGCAGCUCGUGAUCCUAUUGGUAUUACUACUCUUUACCAGGGCUGGAACAGCAAACAACCCGGCACUAUCUACUUCGCCUCUGAAUUGAAGUCUCUGAAUGAGGAGUGUGAUCGCAUCCUUGCCUUCCCCCCUGGUCAUAUCUUUGAUUCAGAGACUGGAGAGACCACACGCUAUUUUGAGCCUUCUUGGUGGAAUGCUGAAAAGAUUCCAACCUCCCCUGUUGACUACCAACUAAUCCGUGAAACUUUGGAGAAGGCUGUCCGCAAGAGAUUGAUGUCCGAGGUACCCUACGGUGUGUUGCUCAGCGGUGGUCUCGACUCCAGCUUGAUUGCUUCGAUUGCUGCAAGAGAAACCCAGAAGAUCGUUGAUGGACAAACUCCAUUGAACCGUGACGGAGAUGAUGUCGACGAGAGUGCAGUUGCUUCAUGGCCAAGACUUCAUUCAUUCUCAAUCGGUUUGGAAGGCUCGCCUGAUUUGGCCGCUGCCCGUGUUGCUGCAGAGUACUUGAAGACAGUUCACCAUGAGUACACUUUCACAGUUCAGGAAGGUCUCGAUGCCGUCGCAGAUGUUGUUUAUCACUUGGAGACAUAUGAUGUCACAACGAUCCGUGCUUCUACUCCCAUGUAUCUUCUCAGCAGGAAGAUCAAGGCCAUGGGAGUCAAGAUGGUUCUCUCUGGAGAGGGUGCAGACGAGAUUUUUGGAGGCUAUCUCUAUUUCCACGCUGCGCCUAGCGCUGCUGAGCUCCACAAGGAGACUGUCAGUCGUGUCAAGAAUUUGCACUAUGCAGAUUGCUUGCGUGCCAACAAAUCAACAAUGGCAUGGGGUGUAGAGGCUCGCGUGCCCUUCUUGGACAAGGCCUUCUUGGAGGUGGCUAUGAAUGUUGAUCCAGAAGAAAAGAUGUCGGCCAAGAGUAAGGGUCGAAUGGAGAAGUAUAUUCUUCGUCGAGCAUUUGAUACUAAGGAUGACCCCACUGCUCAGCCUUAUUUACCCGAUUCGAUUCUGUGGAGACAGAAGGAGCAGUUCUCAGAUGGUGUUGGAUACAGUUGGAUUGACUCAUUGAAGGAAACUGCUUUGACUAAGGUCUCGGAUGAAGAAUUUGUAAAAGCUGCAGAGAGAUGGCCCAAGGAUACACCCCAGACCAAGGAGGCAUACUGGUAUCGCGAGAUCUUUGAGCAAUGGUUCCCUCAGGAGGCAUGCACAGAGUCUGUAGUCCGUUGGAUCCCUCGUGGCGAUUGGGGAUGCCCUGCAGAUCCUUCUGGACGUGCUCAGAAGGUCCAUGAUGCUGCAUAUGAUAAAUCUGCUUAAAAAAAAGGAUAGAGUCAUUUUUUUAUUAAAAUAUUUGUAUUACUG